CUAUCACCUAAGUGUGGGCUAACGUAACCAAGAGGGAUUUCACCUACAUCCAUUCAGUCAGUGUUUGGGGGUUUAAAGAAAUUCCAAAGAGUCAUCAGAAGAGGAAAAAUUAAGGUAAUGUUUUUUCAGACAGGUAAAGUCUUUGAAAAUAUGUGUAAUAUGUAAAACAUUUUGACACCCCCAUAAUAUUUUUCCAGAAUUAACAGUAUAAAUUGCAUCUCUUGUUCAAGAGUUCCCUAUCACUCUCUUUAAUCACUACUCACAGUAACCUCAACUCCUGCCACAAUGUACAGGAUGCAACUCCUGUCUUGCAUUGCACUAAGUCUUGCACUUGUCACAAAUGGUGCACCUACUUCAAGUUCUACAAAGAAAACACAACUACAACUGGAGCAUUUACUGCUGGAUUUACAGAUGAUUUUGAAUGGAAUUAAUAAUUACAAGAAUCCCAAACUCACCAGGAUGCUCACAUUUAAGUUUUACAUGCCCAAGAAGGCCACAGAAUUGAAACAUCUUCAGUGUCUAGAAGAAGAACUCAAACCUCUGGAGGAAGUGCUAAAUUUAGCUCAAAGCAAAAACUUUCACUUAAGACCCAGGGACUUAAUCAGCAAUAUCAACGUAAUAGUUCAGGAACUAAAGGGAUCUGAAACAACAUUCAUGUGUGAAUAUGCUGAUGAGACAGCAACCAUUGUAGAAUUUCUGAACAGAUGGAUUACCUUUUGUCAAAGCAUCAUCUCAACACUGACUUGAUAAUUAAGUGCUUCCCACUUAAAACAUAUCAGGCCUUCUAUUUAUUUAAAUAUUUAAAUUUUAUAUUUAUUGUUGAAUGUAUGGUUUGCUACCUAUUCUAUUAUUCUUAAUCUUAAGACUAUAAAUAUGGAUCUUUUAUGAUUCUUUUUGUAAGCCCUAGGGGCUCUAAAAUGGUUUCACUUAAAUUAUUUAUCCCAAAAUAUUUAUUAUAAUGUUGAAUGUUAAAUAUAGUAUCUAUGUAGAUUGGUUAGUAAAACUAUUUAAUAAAUUUGAUAAAUAUAAA